AUGCCUCCUCUAUCAGAAUCAGACCACGAUCCCCUCCAUGCGGAACUGGCUUCCCUGGAUCUCACCGACUGUACGCUCUCACCAGUAUUCCACUAUUUUUCCUCGCUGCCACCGGAGCUCCGCACCAGGAUAUGGCGCCUUGCGGCUCCCAAACCCACCGUCGUCGUGCGCAUCAUGAACAACACGACCAUGGAGUAUGGCCUACGCCGUCAUGUGCCCUCUCUCCUGCAAGUGUGUCGCGAGUCCCGCGCCGAGCUUCUGUACGACGCCGAUGACCGCCGCGGCUCUCGAGUCGGCCAGUUUCACCUACUACAUCUCUCCCGUGAGCACAAGGAGCAGGGGAAGGGCGUGUACAUGAACUACAGCGACGAUACGCUGAUGAUCUACCGAGCACCGCAACAAGCAAUCAUGCCGGACGCCGUCAACUUCUCCAACCUCCAGCAUCUCGCCAUGGAAUGGGGCCUGCGCCCCUGCUGGGUCCAGAACCAUUGCCACACCGGUGUGCGCUUCGUGCGCCAGUUCCCGCGCCUCAGGACUCUGACCCUCCUUGUCAACUUCAAGAUCUACCACGAGCCGCCACUGGGCGAGUCGAGCAGCAAGCACCGCGAGCAGACGCAGAAGCGCCGCGCACUGUGGGAGAUCAAGACCUGGGUGCUCGAAGCCAUCGCACAGGACUGCACGCGCAGGACCCCCAACGGGGACGCGGACGUCGAGGCCUGGACGCCGCCCGAGGUGCGCGUCGUGCCAAAGACGAAGUACUGGACGGCGUCUCCGGCGGCGCUAGAGUAG